AUGAAUCCUAAAUCCUCUACACCUAAGAUUCCAAGACCCAAGAACGCAUUUAUUCUGUUCAGACAGCACUACCACAGGAUCUUAAUAGACGAAUGGACCGCUCAAGGUGUGGAAAUACCCCAUAAUUCAAACAUUUCUAAAAUUAUUGGUACGAAGUGGAAGGGCUUACAACCGGAAGAUAAGGCACACUGGGAAAAUCUAGCGGAGAAGGAGAAACUAGAACAUGAAAGGAAGUAUCCUGAAUACAAAUACAAGCCGGUAAGAAAGUCUAAGAAGAAGCAACUACUUUUGAAGGAAAUCGAGCAACAGCAGCAGCAACAACAGAAAGAACAGCAGCAGCAGAAACAGUCACAACCGCAAUUACAACAGCCCUUUAACAACAAUAUAGUUCUUAUGAAAAGAGCACAUUCUCUUUCACCAUCUUCCUCGGUGUCAAGCUCGAACAGCUAUCAGUUCCAAUUGAACAAUGAUCUUAAGAGGUUGCCUAUUCCUUCUGUUAAUACUUCUAACUAUAUGGUCUCCAGAUCUUUAAGUGGACUACCUUUGACGCAUGAUAAGACGGCAAGAGACCUACCACAGCUGUCAUCUCAACUAAAUUCUAUUCCAUAUUACUCAGCUCCACACGACCCUUCAACGAGACAUCAUUACCUCAACGUCGCUCAAGCUCAACCAAGGGCUAACUCGACCCCUCAAUUGCCCUUUAUUUCAUCCAUUAUCAACAACAGCAGUCAAACACCGGUAACUACAACUACCACAUCCACAACAACUGCGACAUCUUCUCCUGGGAAAUUCUCCUCUUCUCCGAACUCCUCUGUACUGGAGAACAACAGAUUAAACAGUAUCAACAAUUCAAAUCAAUAUUUACCUCCCCCUCUAUUACCUUCUCUGCAAGAUUUUCAACUGGAUCAGUACCAGCAGCUAAAGCAGAUGGGACCAACUUAUAUUGUCAAACCACUGUCUCACACCAGGAACAAUCUAUUGUCCACAACUACCCCUACGCAUCAUCACAUUCCUCAUAUACCAAACCAAAACAUUCCUCUACAUCAAAUUAUAAACUCAAGCAACACUGAGGUCACCGCUAAAACUAGCCUAGUUUCUCCGAAAUGA